AUGGACCGUCACAUAUUUCCUGAACACUCUUCUCUCGUUUUGCGUUCUCUCAAAGGGCUCGUAGGCUCUCAUCCGUCUCUUACUCUUCUACCGCAGACUAAGACUGUCAUAAAUGCCGCGCAUGACCCAAGCAAGGUUGCGCUGAUCUGUGGUGGUGGCGCUGGGCACGAACCUGGGUCGACUGGUUUCGUUGGCAAGGGUUUCCUAUCCGCGUCGGUCAGUGGUGACAUCUUCGCUUCGCCCUCUGCCAAGCAGGUCUACACUGCUGUCAAAGCCGUCCCGUCCAACAAGGGUACGAUACUUAUCAUCACCAACUAUACCGGCGACAACCUCCAUUUCGGCUUGGCGUGCCAACAAGCCCGCGCUAACGGUAUCGAUAACAUUGCUAUUCUCCCGGUGUGCGAUGAUGUCAGUGUUGGACGGACGAAGGGUGCGCUGGUGGGGAGGAGGGCGAUGGCAGGAACGAUUCUUGUGUGCAAGAUCCUAGGUGCUGCUUCCGAGGCGGGGUACGGGUUCCAAGAGACACUCGACCUGGGGAAGGCUGUCACUGGUGGUUUGUUAUCAAUUGGAUGCACGCUGGGGCAUUGUCAUGUCCCUGGACGGGAUAAUGCCAAGUACGGUGUUAUUGGCGAGGAUACGAUCGAGAUUGGGUUGGGUCUGCAUAAUGAGCCUGGGGUGUAUGUUGUCAGCCCGCAGCCCCCGCCUGAUAGGCUUAUCGAGAAGAUGUUGGAUUUGCUGUUGAAUCAAGAGGAUAAGGAGCGGGCUUUUGUGCCGUUUGAGGAGAAGGAUAGUGUUGUGUUGUUUGUGAACAAUAUGGGAGGAAUGAGUACUCUGGAAAUGUACGCGGUUGUUGAUGAAGUGACGAGACAGCUAGAAUCGCAUCCCUUCAAAAUUCGCAUUGCCCGCACUCAUUGCGGGUCGUUCAUGACAUCUCUCAAUGCUCCCGGAUUCUCCAUCUCCCUUCUCAAUCUGUCCUUUGUCGCUCGUGCACGGAAUAAUGGCAAGGGUGAGGCAGAGAUUAUUGAGCUUGUUGAUGCUCCCCACGCCAGUGCUGCAUGGCCGGGAAGCAACCUCUCAUUAGUCCCCGAGCAUCUGGCAAAACGGACACGGGAAGAGAGAUUUGUUGAUGUUGUGGAAGAGCCUGUGGUGAAGGUAGAGGAGAGUUCCACGAAGUUGAUCCCUGAAACUCUCCGUCGCGUCAUUAAGGCUGGUGCUCAGGCUGUUUUGGCCAGCGAACCUGACUUGACGAAAUGGGAUACGAUCGUUCGGAGAUGGUUCAGAAGCUAUUUGAGAGCCCUUGAUGAUGGCCUUGGGAAAGACGGCGAUCUAGUUGGUGUCCUUAGGGAGGUGACUGAAACGAUUGAUGACACCUGUGGUGGCACCCUAGGCGCCAUUUACAGCAUCUUCCUUGCCGCUCUCACUGCCGAGGUCCGUAUACUUGGUGCUGAGGGCCGAGAAGUGAACUAUGGCGAUGUGGGGUGA